AUGUUUAAGCUUUACAAGCACUUCCCCAGCCAUGCGCUAGCUGCCGCUAAGUGGCAGAUGCCAGCGCCUCACAAGCAUAUCGAGCACAUCGAGGCAAAUGAAUCUUCGAAUUCGCUUUCUCCAAAACAGGAUGUGCCCAAUCCGGUACCAUUGCUCCCAUCAGGCAAUCUAGUGGCGUCACGUGGAUCGAAGGGCAACCCGACCUUGAAGGAAGACAAAGACGGAGCAAGCGAAUGUUUUAGAUUACGACACGUCCAGAUUGACACCUUGCUCAAGGAUGGCACCUUGGGCCUUUUGCUGCACGGCACAUCAGUGGUGGGCUUUUGCAGCGAAGAAGUUGCGGAUCAGGGAUGGUUGGUGGGAGAUCAGAUCGUUGAGAUCAACGGAAGACGUGUCUCAGCAUUUGACGAAUUCCUGGAGCGCUUCGUCGCAGCUCAAGUCCAGGGUUUUCCCAUCAUCUUCAGUGUCCUGAGACGUGAAGCUCCCGAAGCUAUUGAAUCUCCUGUAGCCAAGGAUCCCUUGGACGCUUUCUUCAGCGAAAUGCCGUUUUCAGACUUGGCCAGUCAGCUGAAGACCAAGUUUGGACCGCAGCCAAAACAGGUUACAACUUUUCAAGCAGCGUCAUCAUUUGGUGACUUGUCCAUCUUGGAAAAUCCAUAUAUUCAGGCUCUGCGGAAACGGCGAAGCGAGCUGAGCCGCAGCCCGGAGGGCUGGAGUGAGGAUUACCAGGCUCAGUCGCUGGCUGCAAAGAUGGCCUCGGAACGCGGGGAUGCAUUGGCCACGUUGUCGAAGGAUUCUACUGAAACACCUCGAAGGUAUGAAAGAAACUCCAGAUCGCCAAGUGCAUUUGAUUUGUUCUCGUGCAUCACCGCAUUUCGACCAUGCAGAGAGAAGGAGGCUGGGGCCGAAGAGUUCCAUACCACUCCUCGCGACUGCGAUUUCGAGCAGGUGUCUACUCCGAACGCAGUGGUGCUCACUGCUCGGGAUGGACAGGUCUGGAUCCAGGCAGAGAUUGUCACAUCGAAUGACAAGGAGAUCAUUGUGAAAACCUAUGAAGAUCCCAACAGCCGAAUCGUCCUGGCGCCUCAUGAGCCGAUCUUCCUAAGGACUUCUGAUGUCUUCACUAGUGAAGGUUUGUCUGUCUUAGAUGACUUGUGUCAGCUCACACAUUUGCACGAACCUGCUGUACUCAGCUCGCUGCAAAAUCGAUUUGACAUUGACAAGAUCUAUACAUUCACAGGGCCGAUUUUGAUCGCGCUAAAUCCCUUCAAAGGGAUUCCAGGAUUGUACGACGAGGAUGUCUUGAAGAGCUUCAUGACAACAAAGCCAUCGACCAAACCGCAUGUCUUCAACACAUCGAACUCCACCUACUGGGGCAUCUGUGACCGAAAGAAGAGUCAGACAGUCCUCAUCAGUGGUGAGUCUGGUGCAGGAAAGACAGAGACCACAAAGUUUGUGAUGAAAUUCCUAGCAAUGGCAGGAGCAGCAGAUGGUGAGGUCACCAACGUGGAGAAGCAGGUAUUGGAAUCCAAUCCACUUUUGGAGGCCUUUGGCAACGCUCGAACCCUCAGGAAUGACAACUCCAGUCGCUUUGGGAAAUUCAUUGAGCUGCAGUUUCGCACCAGUGGCAAGGACGCAGCUAACCUGGGAGUUGCGGGAGAGAACUGUCGUCUUUGCGGCGCGCGAAUUCAGACCUAUCUGUUGGAGAAGGUCCGCGUGUGUGAUCAACAAGAAGGCGAAAGGAACUACCAUCUCUUUUAUGAGGCCUGCGCUGCAGCUGCGCUGGCAUCAGACUGCAAUUAUUCGUAUCCUCAGAAGCUCUCGAAAGAAAAAGUGAAGAGGGAGUUGACUUUGAACUUGGAGGGCUUCAGCGACCUGGGAAACUUUGCUUACCUCACACGUUCCUCAUGCAAGACAUUGAAAGACGUCGACGAUGUGGAGAUGUUCGAGCGCCGCAUCCACGCAAUGCAAACCAUUGGCAUCCCAGAGGAUCAGAUGACACAGAUUCUGCGCAUGGUGGCAUCGGUCCUCCACCUGGGGAACAUCAAAUUUGAUGCUCCGCCAAACAACAGCGAAGGCUCUAUGGCAAUGUCUGAGUGCGAGAAGUCCAUGGAGAUGUCCAGCAAGCUGCUGGGAGUUGAUCGCAAAGCGCUUGAGUCUGCCCUGUGCAACCAGACUCGGGUGACGCGAACGGAGAAGAUCCGAAGCCCGGUGAAUGUCCGCAGAGAUCUCAGCGCACAGCGAUGGCCCAGCUGUCAAGCAGCAGACAAUCGAGAUGCUUUGGGGAAAGCAGUCUACGGCAUUGUCUUCAACUACAUCGUGCGGAGUACAAACAUGUCCAUUGGAUACGUCGAGGACGUGAAGCUCUUCGCCGGUGUGCUUGACAUUUUCGGUUUCGAAUGCUUCAAGAUGAAUUCCUUUGAGCAGCUUUGCAUCAACUUUACGAAUGAACGGCUGCAGCAGUUCUUCAACUCCUUUGUUUUCAAGCUGGAGGAACAGCUCUACGAGCGCGAGGGCAUCGAAUGGGAUCCGUUGGAUUUUCCUGACAACCAGGACAAGGGAUGA